GAUUUCUUCACGAUUCGGGAAUUAUGGUGACAGAAUUUGAAUUGCUGAAUGAGCAAGAAGAAAAAGUUUUCGAUGUGGAAAUCCAGCAAGGCGAUCUCAUGGAAGAAUUUGGCAUUAAAAUAUUUGGAAGUAAUUCGGACAUUGCGCUAUGCAGUAUGUAUUUAGAGUCGGAUAUGGAAAUUAAGGGUUUGGUGCUCAAGAUAACCCUGCCUCCUGGGAAUAUGAUCGGGUCUGUAAUGGAGAUGAAGGGCAUGAGCAAGAUAACGUUCAUUAAGAACGAGAAGAAUGAAAUGGUAUACCAAGUGUUUACUCAUCGUGGGUUGGGUGGAUUUGGUUGGACAACUUCUGCCAAGAUUCUUAAUCCCGAAGGCAAUGAAAAGUUGGGAGAUUUGCAAAUUAACAAACAACAAGGGCCCGAUUUACUAUCAAUUACAGUCAAUCUUCCAAAAACAAAGGAAGUCAACAUUCUCAACAAAGCUCUUGUUUUAGGCUCCGUCCUCGUCCUGAUAAAAGAUUACUGAGAUAACAGAUUACUUUGAGAUAUUUAGGCCCGUAUUAAGUAUCACGAUGUUGUUAUUGUCAUGCAAAAGAUGAUACCUUAAAUGCGUACUUACAGAUAUUUUCUUGUUUAUACGGUGUGGCACAUUUUCGUAGAACUGGAAAUUUCACUCCUUCCUGAACAUG